AUGGAGCUGCUCGGAUCAACUCUGACGACAACCUAUGCUCGGCCAAAAACCAGCCACUUCCUCCCUGCCAUCUCCACUAUGGCAUCCAGCUAUCGUAACACUCAGCCAGCCUUGGGGAGAAGUCCCAGUGCCAAUAUGUGGAGAACAAACAGUUAUUACAAGAGCAGCAGUGCUCUCCCAUUGACCUCCUCCACACAGCGGGAUCAUUUUGAUUUGGUUCGAGCCAACACUGCUUUCUACCCCUCCAACAGGACCAUGCUGACGAACCGGUACACCCCGGACGACUGGUACAAGUCCAACCACAGCAAUUACCGGGAGUCAGAGUCUUCAAGAAAGAGUGCAGAACGACUGAGGAAAGACACCAUCAGGCUGAUGCAGGACAGGGAGCAGCUCACCAGAAGAACGCAAGAAAACACCAGCAAGAACAUUGCAGAAAGGGUCAAUGAUAUUGUCUUCUGGAGGUCUGAGCUCAGCCAUGAGAUUGACAAUAUGGUGACAGAGAUUGCAGCACUCAGUGAAGUGAAAAAAAGGUUGGAGAGAGCCUUAGCAGAGACCGAGGGGCCUCUUAAGGUGUCUCAAGAAUGUUUGUACAACAGAGAGAAGCGGAUGUCUAUCGACCUGGUACACGAUGAUGUAGAAAAAGAUCUAAUAAAGGAAGUAGAGGUUAUAAAGUCAUGUCAGGAAAGGAUGAGGCGCCAUCUGGACAGAGCCAUUGCCCAGCUGGCGUCAAAUCGAGCGGCCCAACAUGAGUUGGAAAAAGACAUGAGCGACAAAGUAUCUGCUCAGAGGAUUGAUGACAGGUGCCACCAUUUGAGGAACACAUCAGACGGCAUCGGCUAUUACAGAGGAAUCGACAGAAUAGACCAUUCAGUUUCUCUGCCAGACACAUGGUCCAAAUUCACAGACGACAACAUCCUGCAUUCCCAAAGCGAACGGGCUAACUCUCACAAGCUCAGGGACGAGAUAGAAAUCUUGCUAAACACAACAUCCAAUGAAAUGUGGAACCAGUUCAACAACGCCAAUGUCGCCUUUACUAACCGCAUCUCAGAAACGGCUGAUGCCAAGAACAACCUGCAGGCACACCUAGCUAAGACUUUGCAGGAGAUCUUUCAGACCGAGAUGUUGAUUGAAUCUCUGAAGAAAGCUCUAAGAGACAAGGAGAACCCACUCAAAGUGGCCCAGACUCGACUCGAGGAGAGGACACGUAGGCCCAACGUAGAGCUUUGCAGAGACAACCCACACUACUGGCUUGUAGGCGAGGUGAGAGAGAUUGAAGACACAAUCCAAAAACUUCAAGAGAGACUGAUGGAGGCAGAAAACACUUUGCAGAUACUGGUAAAGACAAAAGUGACUCUGGAGCAUGACCUGUCCAUCAAGGCCCAUUCUCUCUUCCUAGACCAGGAGAAGUGCAUGGGAAUGCGAAAGUGCUUUCCCAGCCUGCCACGCCUGGUGGGGUAUACAUAAAAACAGAAUU